UUGCUUGUUCCUGAAAGUGUUUUAUGGUCUAGACGUCGUACAGAAUUGAGAAUCCGAAUUUCUUUUAAUUCUUUGAAUUGGAAUGGCGUUGGUUUACGUUAUGGAAGAAAGACAUGUAUAUGUGAUAUUAGAUAUUGACUAAUGCUCGUUAUAUAUGAAUCGAACUAAAUAUAUAUUUUACUACUCUAGUGGAUUCUAAUAGACUAGAAGUCCUCGUCCUCCCGGCCCCUGUAUAUAACUUAAUCCUUUUCUGUUAGCAUAAUAUUAACCCCGACCUGAGCCUUCUAUUGUAGGAAAUUUGAUUCAAUAAGAUAAGAUGUGUGGUAGUGCAAUUUUAAAUGAUGUUUGGGAAUUUGCUACAAAUGAAGCUCGGACAGUAGUUCUGGUUGGACGUACUGGAGACAAUAAGAGUUCCACAGGCAAUAGUGUUCUUGGAAGAAAGGCAUUUAGGUCGAUGCCUCAAUCUACUGGUGUUACAUUGACCUGUGAGGUUCAAAGUACACAAUUGCCGAAUGGCCAAGUACUAGAUGUGAUCGACACGCCUGGCCUGUUCGAUUUUUCUGCUGAUCCAGAAAUUGUUAGGAGUGAAAUUGUUAGAUGCAUCGAUUUGGCUAAAGAUGGCAUUGAUGCUGUUCUUUUAGUCCUUUCCGUACGAAGUCGCUUUUCAAGAGAACAAGAAGCAGCCGUCCAGAGUUUUCAAGGGUUCUUCGGUAACAAAAUCAGUGACUACAUGAUUGUGGUACUCACUGGUGGAGAUGAUCUUGAAGAUCAUGAUGUGACAUUGGAUGCUUACUUAGGCGCUGACUGCCCUGAGCCAUUGAAGGAAAGUCUUGCUAUGUGUCAAAAUAGGCUAGUGCUUUUUGACAACAGGACUAAAGAUCCAAUUAAGAAAACUGAGCAAUUGAAAGAGCUUCUUUUCCAAGUGAAUUUGGUUGUGGAAAAGAAUGGUGGAAAAUCAUAUACAAACAAUUUUUUCAAGGAAUUGAAGGAAGGAGCUACAAAUUUUCCUAAUCAGAAGGCGAAGGUUGAUUCUGAGCAAGAGAUAAAAGAAUUGAAGGACCAAAUGCAGAGGUGCCAUGAGGAGCAAAUUAGACAAAUAACUGAAAUGGUAGAAAAGACCAUGCAAAAGCUAGAAAAGAAAUUAGAGGAGCGUGCUGCUGGACUUUUGGCUCAACAAAAGGUUAGAAAAGUUCAGAAGAAAUCAAAGGAUGAGAUUCGUAUGCUGGAAGAUUUCCUUGACAGCUCGAUGCUUGCUAGUGCAAGGGAAUUGAUGCUUACUAAAGCAUUUUUUAUUGUUUUGUACUUAUUUUUCUUUGGGUGUGUUUGGUACCAAGGAAAAUGUUUUCCAUGUAAAAUGUUUUCCUAGAAGAUGUUUUCUUGAAAAAUAAGUUGGUUUCUUAUUUAUUUUCUAGUGUUUGGUAUGUAAGCAAAAAAAUA